GAGUGUCCAGAGCCUGUGCUCCGCAACGGGAGAGGCCACAACAGUGAGAGGCCCGCGUACCAUAAAAAAAAAAUUAAAUUAAGAAGUUGGCAAAAUCUUCCAUGACAAACCGUACAUCCCUCAUAUUAAAGCAAAACAAAAAACUGCCUCCCUGAGAAAUAAACCCCCCUUGAGCCCCAUAUUCCUUCCCAUCCAUCAGCCCAUUUUUCUACUCCAUUUGACAGCAGGACUCCUUACAAAGGGGAUACAUGUUUUCUCCACUUCCUCUCACCCUGUUCCCACUUGUUCCUGAUCUAAUCAGGCAUUUGUCUCCAGAGCUCUACUGAGACAUCUCUCGUCAAGCCGCCGGUGACGUCACAUGGCCACAUCCAACAGUUAGUUCUUAGUCCUCAUCUUGACCUCUCCUUAAUCUCCGACACAGAGGAUCACUCCCUUUUUCUUGCCAUCUUUUCUUCACCUCCUGCCACAUCUCGUGGUUUUCUCUCUACUUGAAGAAAUUCUCCUUUUCAGUCUCCUUCACUGGCUCAUCCAGUUAACCACAAUAAAACCUCAACCACUGAGUUCCCCACUUCAAAAUUCCUUCUCUCCUGGUUUCAUCAUCUUAGUAAUUGGUACCAGCAUCCAAUCAAUUUCUUAGAAAUGUCCACAUUUUCAUGACCAGUUCAUUCCAAAUUAUAAGACUUCCCAAUAGGUGAAAAGUGGAUAUUGAGUAAGAAACUUAUUCUCUCCCAUAUCCCAAACUUAGAACAAACAAGCCAGAAAAUGAAACGGGCUUCUCAGAAAAAUAUCUAAACCUUGUCCUUGAAACCACUACUGGGCCUGUCAGUGGUCUUCAAGGGGCACACAUUUCUUUGGAACCCAAAUGAAAUACUGUUCGCCUUAGGUGUACGAUUACAUAGACAGGGUGUGUUUGCAGAGAAAAAUCUUUACAGUGACAGUCUAGGGCACCUACACUUAAGAAGAACACACUUGGAAGACGUUGUUCAAGUCCUGGAGGUGUUAGUGAGAAAAAAAAUCCAGCCUCUGGGACGGUGAGAAGUUUAGGGGCAACUUUCGGCCAUUUUGUGAUUUGGGGAGGGCCUUGUUGAAUAAGUUCAAAAAACAAAGGUAUAGAUGGGCAGGAAGGGAGGCUCUUUCUUCCUGAUUCUUGUUUUCUGGAAGCCACCACUGGCAAGACUAUCUCCUACGGGUAGGCAUGGGAACAAGUUAAAGAAAGUGUUGAUUCUCUAGAGGCAAGCGGAGAUCUCAGCGGCCUUUGUAUGUGGUGAAUGUGUCCGGAAAGGCAAAGAAGAGCGAGAUUCUCCCGUGGGUUUUCUCAUCUCCAUGGCGGUGGGUGCUGACAGCUUGAGAGCGAGCUCGGAGGAGCAGAGAGAAAGGAGCCCUGGACGUCCAGUUGCCGUGCUCUUACACGACGCAAAGGACACGGGGGUCUGAGCUGAACUUCAUCAUCCGUAACUAAGGUUUGAAGUGAAAACUCACAAACAGCAGUCAGUACCCCUAGAACAGUCGCCGCCCCAGGAGCCACCCGGAUGCCCGAAGGGCAGUAGAAAGCAUGAGCUUCUACGGCAGCAGCUACCCGAUCGUGAACGUGGACCCCAAAUACCCAGGCUACCCCCAGGAGCACGUUCUAGCCGAGAAGCGAAGAGCCAGGAGGCGUCUCCUGCAUAAAGACGGCAGCUGUAACGUGUACUUCAAGCACAUUUUUGGAGAAUGGGGCAGCUACGUGGUGGACAUCUUCACCACCCUCGUGGACACCAAGUGGCGUCACAUGUUCGUGAUAUUCUCGUUGUCUUACAUUCUCUCCUGGUUGAUAUUUGGCUCUAUCUUCUGGCUCAUAGCCUUCCAUCACGGAGACCUGUUGAACGAUCCCGACAUCACGCCUUGUGUGGACAACGUCCAUUCCUUCACGGGGGCGUUUCUAUUCUCCCUGGAGACCCAGACCACCAUCGGGUACGGUUCCCGCUGUGUCACCGAGGAAUGUUCUGCGGCCGUGCUCAUGGUGAUCCUUCAGUCCAUCUUAAGCAGCAUCAUAAACACCUUCAUCAUUGGGGCUGCCUUGGCCAAAAUGGCGACCGCCAGGAAGAGAGCCCAGACCAUCCGGUUCAGCUACUUCGCCCUCAUCGGCAUGAGAGACGGGAAACUUUGCCUCAUGUGGCGCAUCGGUGAAUUCCGCCCCAACCACGUGGUAGAAGGCACGGUCAGGGCCCAGCUUCUCCGCUACACGGAAGACAGCGACGGGCGGAUGACGAUGGCAUUUAAGGACCUAAAGUUAGUCAAUGACCAGAUCAUCCUUGUUACACCAGUAACGAUCGUUCAUGAAAUCGACCACGAGAGCCCUCUGUAUGCCCUUGACCGAAAAGCCGUGGCCAAAGAUAACUUCGAGAUUUUGGUGACGUUUAUCUAUACUGGCGACUCUACCGGGACUUCUCACCAAUCCAGGAGUUCCUACGUUCCCCGAGAAAUUCUCUGGGGCCAUAGGUUUAAUGAUGUCUUGGAAGUGAAGAGAAAGUAUUACAAAGUGAACUGCUUACAGUUCGAGGGCAGCGUGGAAGUCUAUGCUCCCUUUUGCAGCGCCAAGCAACUGGACUGGAAGGACCAGCAGAUCCACAACAUGGGAAAAGGCCCGCCAGCCCAAGGACCCGGCACAUCAGACACCAAUGUCAGAAGAAGGUCAUUUAGCGCCGUUGCCAUCGUCAGCAGCUGUGAAAACCCAGAGGAGACCACCACGUCUGGCACGGAUCAGUGUAAGGAAGCGCCUUAUCAGAAAGCUCUCCUGACUUUGAAUCGGAUCUCUGUAGAAUCCCAAAUGUAGUCCUGAGUUGUAAGUACGAGGGCUCCCAGUCAAUGUUUUUACCCCCUAGCCCAUCGCCUUAAGGCAAGUAGUUAUCAACAGAGCUUUUAAAGAAGGUGAUAGCUGUCUUUGAUGGUGAAGGAAGAUAAACAGAGCAGGUUAAACUUGAUAAAAGAUAUCUAAGCAUUACAUCGCAUCCAACUGUUUAACUUUUUUUUUUUUGGCUAGCAAAUUUUGUGUUAGGGGUGCUAUUAAGAGGCCUAAUUGAUUAAUUUAAAUUUCAUCUCCUUUUGUUAUUCCGUAUACUUGUAUUGUCAGUUGGAGGUAUAAUAUUCAAUAAUGGGGAACAAAGGUAGGACACUGGGAUAAUAGAAAGUAGAAAGGAGAAUAGCAUGAAUAAUAAAAAUUUUAAAUGGAUCCAAAUCGGUAGUAUGAGUUACCUAUAAAGACAUUAUAUCAUAUAAUCAAGAUGUGCAAGGGAUGCGUUCGGUAGAUUGUAACGUUGAGCUGUUUAACUGUGAAAUCAGUCCCUGUGUUUGCCCCUCAGAGUGUCUCAGUAUCAGCUGGCAGAGGCAGUGGCCGUAGGAAGUAACAAUGCCCCCGGUUCUGACGGUGAAUCCCCUGCCACUUGCCAGGUAAUGAUCAAGCAGUGCUAGAAGCUACUUUUUCUCUCAUCCGUGAGGCAGAAGAAAAGUUGGCGUUAUUACUCAGAGAGGUAUUUCUCUCUUAAAUGCUCUGUUUGACUCCAACAAAUGGCUGGGGGGGGGGGGGCAGAAAUAAGGCAAACAGGAGCUUUGUAAAGUGUGUGACAAGGGGACUGCUUAUGUCCACCUCCCCACACCUUCUUUGAGGAAGGACAAGAAGAAGGAUCGGGACCCUAGAGAUAGGGUGAGGGAAUGGAGAGCCGUAAACAUCCUCAGACUCUUUGAGAGAAAACGUGUUCCUGGGUCCUGGAAGACUGGAGCUCUGGCUACACAAGGGAUGGAACCCUGGUUUUUUUUUUUUUUUUUUUUUAGCAGUUACGGUGGGGUUAGGAGGUGGGGAGGCUGUGAGGGGAAAAGUAUUUAUUUGUGCCGAGAAGCAAUUAUGUAAGUUUCCCAUAUGGGUCACUUUAGAAAACACAAAUAACUUGAAUUGUGAAUUUUAAGAAACGCUUCCAUUGAACGUGGAACAAUCAUUUAAAUGCAGGAUUUUGUGAAUAUAAUUAAGGUGAUUUUAAUGCACAUUAUGAAGUGGGUCAGCUAAGUGCUUUAGAAUUGCUUAAAUUGUAGGACAGGAGAUAACUGUGUGUACUCUAUUUCCACCUUAAAAGAUGUUAAUCAUGAUUACUUUAAACACAAAUCCAAUCACCUGCGAGUGAAGAGGCACUCACUCUAAGCUUUAUCAGUUGAAGACUUACGAGCUAUAUUCCGAAUUAUCUGUGUUAUUUUUUACAUUCUUGCUGAGCUGGUAAUAAGUAUAUGCCAUAGGUUUUCACGUGUUUAUUUUAUUUAAAUAUAUAUAUACACACACACAGUUUUUGCUUUUUUCUGGAAAAUCUCUCUCUCUCUCUCUCUCCUCAUUUAAAUUAAAGCACACAAGUAAAUUUUACUGAAUCGCAGUCCAAGAUUACCAAUAGAAGUAAAAUGUAUAGGUAUAUAAAGUUUUUCUUUUGUUUGCCUUCUUUUUUCUCCUUUUUCCUUCCUCCCUCCCUGCUUUCCUUCUUUCCUUUUCCUCCUCCUUUCUUUUGCCUGUGAGCAAUAGUUAUUUUAUGAUGCACAAGUGCAAAGCUUGUGUUCCUGUUGUUGUAUGGAUAAGAGAUCUGUUCAGGUCACAGGUUGCAAAAUCGUCCUGAAACUUAACAUCAGAGUGCUAAAUAAUGCGUUUCUUUUUUCCAGUCUUGUUUCAGGAACGCAAAACCCAUGUUUUUAAAACUGCACAUGCCCUGUAGAUUCGGAUUUUGGAGCAGCAAUUACUCAGCUAAAUUAGAAUAUUACAAUCUACCAAGUAGAAAACAGCCAACACUACAACAAACAAACUUGCCCCCUUUUUUGGCAUGUUUCACACCCGUCUAGUUUCAUUCACUUUCCUUCCUGGACUCUGCUCCUUCGCGAUCUUGCUUUGUUAGUAUCCGGAUAGAGGUGUCACUGUCCAGUAAACACACUCUGUCGGGCUUCGUGCCUCUUCCAUCAAAUUCUCUUACCCAGAAUAGAAUGUACAA